AUGGGUAUUUCUCGGGAUUCUCGGCACAAGCGCGCCGCCACCGGCGCCAAGAGAGCGCAAGUUUUCUCCCUCUUUCAUAUGAAUUUCUACCGGAAGAAGAGAGCCUUCGAGGCAGGUCGCCAGCCUGCGAAUACCCGUAUCGGCCCCAAGCGCAUCCACGUCGUCCGCACCCGCGGCGGCAACCACAAGUACCGUGCGCUGCGUCUCGACUCGGGCAACUUUGCCUGGGCUUCGGAGGGGUGCACGCGCAAGACCCGUGUCAUUGUGGUCUCAUACCACCCGUCAAACAACGAGCUCGUCCGCACCAACACCCUGACCAAGUCUGCCGUUGUCCAGGUCGAUGCUGCUCCCUUCCGGCAGUGGUACGAGGCCCACUACGGCCAGCCCCUCGGUCGCCGCCGCCAACAGAAGAGCGGUCAGGCCCCUGAGGAGACCAAGAAGAGCAAGUCAGUCGAGAAGAAGCAGGCCGCCCGCUUCGCCGCCUCGGGCAAGGUCGACCCUGCGCUCGAGAAGCAGUUCGAGGCCGGCCGUCUGUACGCCGUUAUCUCCAGCCGGCCCGGCCAGUCCGGCCGCUGCGACGGCUACAUCUUGGAAGGUGAAGAGCUCGCCUUCUACCAGCGCAAGCUGCACAAAUAA